UUUUUAAAUUAAAUAAAUAGUGUUAUAUACAGUAUUUUAUCUCGUGUUUUAUUAUACAGUUUAAAGUCUUACUCACUUUAUCACGAGUCUAAAGUAUUAUUGUGUGUAAAAAGUUUUAAAAUAAAAAAUUUAAAACUAGUUAAUAAUUAUUAUAACCAAUUAUUUAUCAACGAAACACUUCAUACAAAGUGCCCGAUAUAUACACAUAAUACACACAUAAUGCCAGCUAAUGGACAGUCGUAUACCCCGGUGUCGCACGUGGUGUUUGAUAUGGACGGCCUGUUAUUGGAUACUGAGCCCCGGUAUGAGAAGGCCAUCAGUACAGUGACUGAACGCUACGGCAAGCCAUACAAAUUGGAGUUGAAGGUGCGAGUGAUCGGCACAACCGGUAGGGACUCAGCGCGGCUGAUAACUAAGGAACUGGAGCUCCCGAUAACACCCGACCAAUACAUCGCCGAACUGGACAAAGAGUACGAGAAAGUGUUUGAUAACGUGCCGUUCAUGGCGGGCGCCGAACGCCUGGUCCGACAUCUACACAAACACCAGGUGCCCAUCGCCAUAGCGACCAGUAGUAAAAAGCAUACGUUUGAGCUGAAAACCCGUGAAUUGAUGCACGUGUUUAAACUAUUUCACCAUAUAUUAAUUGCCUCGGAUGAUCCGGAGAUUACCAGGGGCAAACCGGACCCGCAAUCCUAUCAGGUAACAUAACUAAACUUUAUAUAAACUAAG